AGCAGUCAAAAGCCAAAUGGGAGGAAACACUGGACGGCUUUUGGGAUUACAUCGCCAAGACUGGGAACAUCGUGGACGAUGUCACUGCGCAGAUCAAGGCGUCACAGCUCAGCAGCGAAAUGGAUGGCCUUAUCACGGAUGCCAUAGCUGAGAUUAACCAGUACACCGCGGAUCUGCAUUCCAAGUUUGGCCCCUCUGCCCAAGAACUGCAGGAACGCUUUAGGACCGAAAUAUCCACCAUCACCGAAAACCUGAGAAAUGACAUGGAGGACACCAAGAACAAGUUGGUCCAGUAUUUCAGAGAUGCCCGCGUGAUGUACAACCAUAACGUGGAUUCGGUGAAGUCCCAGCUCAACGUGUUCCUGCGCAAGACGAAAAAACGCCUUAACAAGGAUGGGGAGGAACUGCGCAGCAAGCUGGCAAGCUACACGGCAGAUCUGCGGGCCCAAACGAAUGAAAAGGUCAGUGCUGUGCAUCAGAAUCUGCAACCCUACUUCACCAACAUCCAUGAGAAGGGACAGCAGCGAUUCCAGGCCCUGCAACAAGCCAUGGGGGAGCAAGGAAGAAUGGUCCAUCAGCAGCUCAGGAGCCGCUUUCAGGAGCUUGAAGACCAGUUCCAGCAGAAAAUCAAUCAGCUGAAAGGCAAAUUUCAGCAGGCCUUGGAGAACAUAGACCUGUGGCUCAAGCCCCUGUUGGGGGAAAUAGCCUCCCAGUUCCAGAUCCCGACGGAGACCGAGCAGCAGCCGUCAUAA